CUUUCCCAUAAAUUGAAACAGAUGGGCUUGGGCCACGAGCAAGGAUUUGGUGCCCCCUGCUUAAAAUGCAAGGAUAAGUGUGAAGGAUUUGAGCUUCAUUUCUGGAGAAAAAUAUGCCGCAACUGCAAAUGUGGCCAGGAAGAGCAUGAUGUCCUUACAAGCAAUGAGGAAGAUCGGAAAGUGGGGAAACUCUUUGAAGAUACAAAAUACACAACCCUUAUUGCAAAGCUGAAGAAUGAUGGCAUUCCCAUGUAUAAACGCAACGUCAUGAUACUGACUAAUCCAGUGCCAGCCAAGAAGAACGUAUCCAUCAACACUGUGACUUUUGAGUGGGCUCCUCCUGUUCAGAAUCAAACACUUGCUAGACAGUAUAUGCAGAUGUUACCAAAGGAGAAGCAGCCUGUUGCUGGCUCAGAAGGCGCACAGUACAGGAAGAAGCAGUUGGCUAAGCAGCUGCCUGCUCACGAUCAGGAUCCUUCAAAAUGCCACGAGCUCUCACCCAGUGAAGUUAAGCAGAUGGAACAGUUUGUGAAGAAAUACAAAAAUGAGGCACUUGGCGUAGGAGAUGUCAAGCUCCCUGGUGAGGUGGAAACGAGUGCUACGGACAAGAAUAGCUUGAACAAUGGUGACAGAGGCACCACGGCUGCUGUGGGAGUGAUGGAGGACAAGUCCCCAGAUCAGAAGGCAUCUCAGUAUUCCUGCUAUUGCUGCAAACAGAAGAUGAAAGAAGGGGACCCAGCUGUCUAUGCAGAACGUGCUGGAUAUGAUAAAUUGUGGCACCCAGCUUGUUUCGUCUGUUGUACCUGCAGUGAGCUUCUAGUAGAUAUGAUCUAUUUCUGGAAGAAUGGUAAUCUCUACUGUGGAAGACAUUAUUGUGAUAGUGAAAAACCCCGCUGUGCUGGAUGUGAUGAGCUAAUAUUCAGCAAUGAAUAUACUCAAGCAGAAGGUCAAAACUGGCAUCUGAAACACUUCUGCUGUUUUGACUGUGAUUGUGUUCUGGCUGGGGAAAUCUAUGUCAUGGUGAAUGACAAGCCAGUCUGCAAACCCUGCUACGUGAAGAACCAUGCUGCGGUCUGCCAAGGCUGUCAUAAUGCUAUAGAUCCAGAAGUUCAGCGUGUGACAUACAACAACUUCAACUGGCAUGCUACUCAGGAGUGCUUCUUGUGUUCCUGUUGCAGCAAGUGUCUAAUUGGCCAGAAGUUCAUGCCGGUGGAAGGGAUGGUCUUUUGCUCUGUGGAAUGUAAGAAAAAGAUGAUGUCUUAAGAGGAGACAUGCACAGAACCAAGCAUGGCUGUGUUCCAAAGGCUCUUGCAUUUCUACUGUAAAAGAUAUAAUAUUGAGGCAUUUAAAAUUAUUGAAAGUAUUAAAUAGCAUUUUCCCAAAGAUUUUUUUAAGGAUUAAAACUAGUUAUGUAAUCUUCAUUUCUUA